UAUGUAGCCAGAACGAGGCUGAGUGUCCGCCAUCUUGUCGGCUGUUCCUCUCGGCUGCCAUGUUGCGAUCUGCCGCCCAACUCCGCUGCUGUUUACGGCGGUUUCCGGGGGUCAAGCUCGCCCCCGGGACGGGACAGGGCUCGAGCAGGACCGUCGGGGUGCGAUGCGGCUGUUCGGCGGCUCACAUCGCCGCUCGAUCCCGAGCAACUUUGACAUCAGUAAAGCCUCAAGAUGGAAGAAUGGUCUUCCUUAUGCAGAGAAGACUCUAUUCUUCAGAUGGCCUCCCAGCUCACCACAAGGUGGUCCUACCAGCACUGUCUCCAACAAUGGAGAUGGGUACCAUUGUGAGUUGGGAGAAACAAGUUGGUGAUCAGCUGAACGAGGGAGACUUGCUGGCAGAAAUCGAGACGGACAAGGCUACCAUGGGGUUUGAGACACCAGAGGAGGGGUAUCUGGCCAGGAUAUUCAUAGAGGCCGGAGAGAAAGACAUACCCAUAGGGAAGCUGCUGUGCAUCAUUGUUGAGAACGAGGACGACAUUGCAAAGUUCAAGGAAUGGAUUCCGCCAGCUGAUGCUGAAUCGGCGGAAAAACCGCUACCAAAACCAGUCUCUGAAUCGCCCUCGCCACCUCCACCAGCAGCAGCAGCCCCACCCCCUCCUCCCCCACCCCCCGUGGCAGCCAUGUCCCCUCCCCCCACUCCAGCGGCACCACCCCCCACCCCAGGAGCUCGGGUCUUUGCCAGUCCACUGGCCAAGAAGCUUGCAGCAGACAAGGGCAUCGACCUUUCUAUGGUGAGUGGUACAGGCCCCGGGGGAAGAAUACGUUCCCAGGAUAUCGAGGCCUUCACACCUGCGGCUGCACCCGCGCCAGCUGUGGCACCUGCGGCACCCUCGGCGGCACCUGUUGGCACGUUUGUGGACAUCCCUCUCACCAACGUCAGGAAGGUUAUUGCCAGCCGACUACUACAGUCCAAGACCACUAUCCCACACUACUAUCUGUCUGUGGACAUUAACAUGGACAAUGUUAUAGCGCUUCGGAAGGAACUGAAUGCCAUUGUCGAGAAAGAAGAUGUGAAGCUAUCUGUCAAUGACUUCAUCAUCAAGGCAGCAGCCCUGUCCUGUCUGAAAGUGCCGGAGUGCAACUCUUCCUGGAUGGACUCUGUUAUAAGACAAUACAACAAAGUGGAUGUGAAUGUAGCUGUGAGCACAGAUUCUGGCCUCAUCACACCUAUUGUCUUCAAUGCACACACAAAGGGCUUGGCAGCCAUCAACUCGGACGUGAUCAGUCUUGCAGCCAGAGCCAGGGAAGGCAAACUACAGUUACAGGAAUUUCAGGGAGGAACCUUCACAGUGUCGAACCUAGGCAUGUUCGGGAUCAAGAACUUCUCUGCAGUGAUCAACCCUCCUCAGGCCUGUAUCCUGGCCGUGGGAGGGGCUGUCAAGACUGUGGUGCCUGAUGCGGAUGCAGAGAACGGCCUGAGUGUGGCCACCAUGAUGAGUGUAACUCUGAGCUGUGACCACAGAGUGGUGGACGGUGCUGUCGGAGCGCAGUGGCUUCAAGAGUUCAAACUUUACCUAGAAAAACCAGAAACCAUGUUGUUGUAAUAUAACAACUGUAUGAAGUCUCCCCAGAAAAAGAUAAGACAUAUAGAAUUUAUAGCAUAUUUUAUGUGAAAAGUUUUCCUUAGGUUCAAAACAUGAUAAUUGAAUGUUGUGAUGAACUAAAAUUUCAGAGUUAUAACAUGUGCAAAGUUGGUAUUUAAAAAUAAUUUGUAUGUGAGUUUUAAGUCUACUCAUGACAGUUGAAGGGCAUUGAAAAAACUGGCUUUCUAUAGGUUUUCUUUAGCUAAAGCAGAUGGAAGGGGACAAAAUGUAACAAAUUUUGAUGAAAAUACGAUUUUAAUGCUUAUUUGUUGGAAAAAUUAUUUUUCAACCAACAAAAAAGUAAUAUACUUUUCCCUUCAUCACAAGUGAUUGCUUAAUUUGUAGAAAAUUUAUCUUGAGAAAGACACACAUACUGAAAAUCACACUACUGUAUGUGUAACUAGUCUAUUGUUCAAUUUUUGUUUCGACUGAAUCGCCAAUAAGAAACCAUGAGUAACGUUUAAGAAUGAACAAUUCAUGCAAAUAAACAUUUUGUUCAAUCAA